AUGCAUCGUCUUAUAUCAGCAAAGAAAUUUUACCAGGGAAGUCUUCAGGGGAUUUGUUUACCACACAGUACUGUAAAAUCUCUUACUUAUUCGGAUUUAAAAUGUUCCUUUUGUCAGAAAGUACUUCAAGCAACCAACAAUCCAGAGAAUUUAAUUUUGACGAGACAUCAGUCAACGAAAACAGCUAGUUUAAGAUCACAUAAAAAGAAGGUAAAACAUAAGAAUUAUAAAAAAUAUGGCGAAUUGCUUGAAGUUGGUGAUAAGGCUAUGACUGAAAUAAAAGUGUCAAUAAGCAAACUGCGAGCUGUACACUUGUCAAAACUGACAUCUAGUCCUGUUUCUUUGGGUCAACUUCAUCAGCUGACAAAAAAAUCUUCAAAAAAGUCAAAUAUUGAAGUGGAUGCAGAGUUAUUACAAAGUGUAAGAGAGAAAAUUUUAACAAAGAAGACUACAGUGCCUGUAGUUUCUAAAGAUAUAAAUUUAGAAGAUGAUAAAUGUGCUUUAAUUUUUACGAAUCAUAAAAUAUCUUCAAUUGAAGAAAGGUUUAAAACUAAACAAUAUAUUGACAUGGUAAAGGAGAGUUAUUACAAUUUUAGAAAAGCUACCAUAUAUGAUCAGAGGUUACAAGAUUUAAGGUAUGCUAUAAAUGAGGGACUCAUCCAGGAGUUUGAUCUCGGAAUGACAUCUGAUUUAAAAUCUAAUGAUGGAGAAAUAGAACCUCAGGUAUUACCAAAGGGCCCUCAUGCUGUAUUUAAAGAACUGUUUAUGAGUAAUCAAUUAGAUAACUAUGAUCAUGAACUUAUGCACCAUAUAACAAAUUUUCAAGUUCAAGGAAUUGCACAUCCUGCAAUAGAAGAAAUUUGUGAUGAUGCUAUUUUGCAUAAUGAAACUGAAACCAGAGAUGCAGAUUUUGAUGCAGACCUGAGUGAAUCUCUGAAUGUUAAAAAAUUGAAAAUUAAAAAAGCGCAACAAGUAAUAAAAGAUAAGAAAAAGAAAAAGAAAGAGAAGCGAAGAGCAGCACUGGAAAUUAAUAUGAAGCAGGACCUCAAGGAGCUUGAAAGGCAUGGCAAGCAGGAGGCAUUGCACAAAUUGUUAACAGCCCAUUUACAAUUAUUGUGUUCAUUCAAUAUGGUAAAAGAGGGAAGACAGGUUUUACAGUAUUACAGGCAAAGAGGAGCAAGGGUUCCUCAUCAUCCCAAAGUUACCGACGUCAAAGUCUACAACACACUGCUGCAUGGAUUUGCAUCACUGGGACAAGUUGAAAAUGCCAAAGAACUAUUGUCAUUUAUGGAACAAGAUGGAGUCACCUUAAAUGCUCAGUCUUAUGCAGCAAUGUUUGAAUGCAUUGAGAGAAGUCAAAUUCCAAAUAAAACAACAGUAUUAGAAUUUUAUCAUCAACAGUUGCAAGAAAAGAGUAUGACAAUAAAUGAUCUUCUAGACAAAAGCAAGUUUGUUUAUGACCAACGUGAAGUUGUUCUUAAGGCAAUCCAUAGGAUUCAACCUCAAUUCAAACCAGUGUACACACCACCUGUGCUUGAUUAUGAUUGUCCUUUACUAGAGAAAUUGAAACUUAGCGACACUUCAAACAGGCAAGGGCUGUACAUUUCUCCCGCUGAAGGCUUGCUCAGUCUAGAAGAGAUGAAAAGAAUGGGACAAAUACAGUUAGAUAUGGAGAUAAAUGGCGAGAUUGAAGUCCAAAAUAUUGCUGUAAAGGAUGAUGAAACAGACAUGGUGAAAUUAUAUAGGUCAAAACUACGGGAGACUGAAAACGAGUGGCGUGUUGUCAUAAAGGAGGCAUUUAUACGUAACUUAAGUACACUAAAAUCACAAAGUAAUGCCUCUCAUUCUGCUAUAAGUCUUUACCCAUAUCUCAAAGUAUUAGAGGCAGACCAAUUUGUAGAUUUGAUGAUGGGUGAAAUUAGCAAGUUAGUUGAUGGUAGUGAAACUUUUAGUCCAACUCUAAAACUAUUACAGAGAGAUCUUGGCACUCAAGUGUAUCAUAAGUAUCAAAUCGAACAGUAUCGUCGUAAUGGCGUUCUAAAGAAGAUAGAAGAGGUUUACGAAAAGUACUGUGAGUGGUAUUUGAAACGUCAAUCCGUAGAUGGCUCAAAUCAACCAUAUAAUGGAAGACAGGUCUGGCAACUACUCGAGCAUCAGAAUAGAGAAGGUGCAAGUUUAGAUAUGGAGGAAGCACCUUGGCCAAUGGAAAUGCGACAAAAUAUUGGAAAAUUCCUGUACAAUAUCAUUAUAAACGAUGUCAAGAUCGACGUCAACAUGUUUAAAGCUAAAGAUAAAGAGCGGCGGCUGCCGGCGGUGUACAAGGUGCACCGCGCGUGGGGGCGGCUGGUGCGGCUGGAGCUGAAGCCGCACCCGGCGCUGGCGCGGCUGUGGGCGGGCGCGGCGCGGCCGGCGCUGCGCCUGCGCGCCGCGCUCGCGCCCACGCGCGCGCCGCCCGCGCCCUGGCGCACCGCGCCGCCCGCCGCGCCGCCCGCACCGCCCGCCGGCGCCUACCUGCUCACCGCCACGCCGCUCAUACGGAUACCAUACUAUGUGUCAAGCCAAAUGAAGCGAUUAGAAGAGUCUCCACCUAGCGCACUGUAUCCAGUGCUUGACAGUCUCAACCAACUGGGUGAAGUCCCUUGGGUCAUCAACCAGGAUAUUUUAGAUUUACAGCUAAAAGUUUUCAGGUCGGGCGGCGACAAGCGGCUGGACAUACCGGCGCCGGCGAGCGCGCUGGACACGUCGCAGUUCCCGGUGGGCGCGGCAGGGGCGGGGGCAGGGGCAGGGGGAGGGGGUGCGGGCGCCGCCUUCAAGCGCCGCCUGGCCAUCAGCCGCGCGCGCGCCGACAUGCACUCGCUGUGGUGCGACAUGCUCUACAAGUUGUCACUCGCCAAUCACUACAGGGACUGUAUGUUCUGGCUGCCGCACAACAUGGACUUCCGCGGCCGCGUGUACGCGGUGGGGCCGCACGUGUCCGUGCUGGGCGCCGACGCGGCGCGCGCGCUGCUGCGCCUCGCGCGCACUCGCCCGCUGGGCCCGCGCGGCCUGCGCUGGCUGCAGCUGCACGCCGUCAACCUCACCGGCACCAUGAAGAGCAGCACGCUGCAGGAGAGAUAUGAGUACGCAAUUAGUAUAAUGGAUAAAAUCUUAGACUCGGCCGACAACCCUCUGGACGGCGAGGGCUGGUGGAAAAAGUCAGAGGAGCCAUGGCAGACCCUCGCGUGUUGUAUGGAGAUCGCGAAGGCAGUUAGAUCACCUAACCCUGAAGAGUACGAAUGCGGGUUCCCGGUGCACCAGGACGGGUCGUGCAACGGGCUGCAGCACUACGCGGCGCUAGGCGGCGACGCGGCCGGCGCGGCCGCCGUCAACCUGGCGCCCGCCGUCCGCCCGCAGGACGUCUACACCAGCGUCGCCGCGCUGGUAGAAGAAAUGAGAGCUCGCGACGCAGCUGCUGGCGUGCCGGCGGCGGUUGUUUUAGAGAACUUUGUGAAGCGGAAGGUCAUCAAGCAAACUGUCAUGACCACUGUAUAUGGCGUUACGAAGUAUGGGGCUCGCCUACAGAUUGCUAAACAAUUGAAAGAUAUUGAAGAUUUUCCAAAAGAGCAUGUAUGGUCGUGUUCUCAGUACCUGACGAUGAAAACAUUUGACAGUUUAAGAGAGAUGUUUACCUCAACGAAGCUCAUUCAGGACUGGCUUACUGAUUGUGCCAAGUUGAUUUCCGGCGUAUGUGGAGAAAGUGUGGAGUGGGUGACGCCGCUAGGACUGCCCGUGGUGCAGCCCUACUACCGCCGCGCGCCCUACCAGCACGCGCACGCCAGCGCGCCGCUCGACCAGCACCAACGUCCGUGCACGAUGAAGCAGCGCAACGCGUUCCCGCCGAACUUCAUCCACUCGCUGGACUCGACGCACAUGAUGCUGACGGGGCUGCACUGCGGCGCGGCCGGGCUCGCCUUCGUGUCCGUGCAUGACUGCUACUGGACGCACCCCGCCGCCGUGGACGCCAUGAACAAGAUAUGCCGCGAGCAAUUUGUCGCUCUACACUCGCAACCUAUUCUAGAGGACUUAUCGAAAUUCCUCGUGAAGAGAUACAGUUACCCUGAAAGUGAAAUUGAAGAAGGCAGCGUGGGCUCGGUGAACAAGAAACGUGUUAACAGUUUACUUGAGAAAGUGCCCGGGAAAGGCGAUUUCGAUAUAAAAAGUGUUUUGGAUUCCGUCUACUUCUUCAGCUAA